AUGAUAAAAGCUGAUAUUUGCAGAAUUCUCAUGGUAUCCCUGGCAGGAAGACAGUAUGGUCAGAACACCAAUAACUUUCCAGCCACUUCUGGAAAAGCAUCACCAUCUCUGAUUGCAUAUUUUACAACUCCCUUAACCUACUCAAAGUGCUGUCCCCUUCACACUCCCACUUCUCUUUUCUAGGAGAAUGAUAUAAACCUGACCCACAUUGAAUCCAGACCUUCAUGUUUAAAGAAAGAUGAGUAUGAAUUUUUUACCUCUCUGGAUAAAGGUAGCAUGCCUGUCCUGGCAAACAUCAUCAAGAUCUUGAGGCAUGACAUUGGUGCCACUGUCCAUGAGCUUUCCCGAGAUAAGACAAAAGACACAGUGCCCUGGUUCCCAAGAACCAUUCAAGAGCUCGACAGAUUUGCCAAUCAGAUUCUCAGCUAUGGAGCAGAACUGGAUGCAGACCAUCCUGGUUUUAAAGAUCCUGUGUAUCGAGCCAGACGAAAGCAGUUUGCUGACAUCGCCUACAACUACCGACAUGGUCAGCCCAUACCUCAAGUGGAAUACACAGAGGAAGAAAAGAAUACAUGGGGGCUGGUGUUCAGGACCCUGAAGUCCUUGUAUAAAACCCAUGCUUGCUAUGAGCACAAUCACAUCUUCCCACUUCUGGAAAAGUACUGUGGCUUCCGCGAAGAUAACAUUCCCCAGCUGGAAGAGGUUUCUCAAUUUCUGCAGACUUGCACUGGAUUCCGCCUCCGACCUGUGGCUGGCCUACUUUCCUCUCGUGAUUUCUUGGGUGGCCUGGCCUUCCGAGUUUUCCACUGUACUCAGUACAUCAGACAUGGGUCCAAACCCAUGUAUACCCCUGAACCUGACAUCUGCCAUGAGUUGUUGGGACACGUGCCCUUGUUUUCAGAUCGCAGCUUUGCCCAGUUUUCCCAGGAAAUUGGCCUUGCCUCUCUGGGUGCACCUGAUGAGUACAUUGAGAAACUCGCCACAAUUUACUGGUUUACUGUGGAGUUUGGCCUCUGCAAACAAGGAGACUCCAUAAAGGCGUAUGGUGCUGGGCUCCUGUCGUCUUUUGGUGAAUUACAGUACUGCUUGUCUGGCACGCCAAAGCUCCUCCCCCUGGAGCUGGAGAAGACAGCCGUCCAGGAGUACACCGUCACAGAGUUCCAGCCCCUCUAUUAUGUGGCUGAGAGUUUUAAUGAUGCAAAGGAGAAAGUGAGGAACUUUGCUGCUACAAUCCCACGGCCCUUCUCAGUUCGUUAUGACCCAUACACUCAAAGGAUUGAGGUCUUGGACAAUACACAGCAACUUAAGAUUUUGGCCGACUCCAUCAACAGUAAGUAACUUACACCCCAGGAGGCCACUCU